AUGGAGAACAGUUUCUCGCCGGUGAAUGUUAGCCCUGCGACUUUUUAUCAUCCAAGCAUCUCUGCAGCUCCAAUGUUCCCGUAUUCGUCCUUUUUCAGUGGGUACGUCAGCCAAGAAAUGUCUUCCUCUUUCCUCGGUAAAGACGUAAGAGUUCUGCCAGGUUAUGUUGGUCCGUGUAUUCCAUGUUACCACCAAAGCUUUCAAGGCAUCCCGUAUCAACCCGCAGAUGAAGAAAAACCAACUCAAUCAUACAUUGGUCUUAUUGGAAAAGCAAUUCUAAGCUCUCCACAGCAGAAACUUGUUCUUGGUGAUAUCUACAACUACAUUCUAACAAAUUACCCUUACUUCAGGAAUAAAGGACCUGGAUGGCGUAACUCCAUACGCCACAACUUAUCACUCAAUGAUUGCUUUGUUAAACUGGGUCGCUCUCCAAACGGCAAAGGACACUUCUGGGCAAUCAAUCCACUUAACUAUGAGGACUUCAGUCAGGGAGAGUACAAACGCAAAAGGGCCACGAGAAGAAACCGGGAGAGAAAAGAGAGUGGUGGAACGAAAUUGAACACAACUGGACAUGUUCCGAGGUGCUCAUCACAAGAAAUCCGUUGCACCAAUAACAUUUUUCCAGAUGAAGCAGAAAAUAGAGGUUUCCACAUCGAGACGCUACUAUCAGACAAAUGGGAGGAUGUCAAAAGCAGUGAAACGCACGAAGCGGUGUCAGCAUUUUCCUUUGUGUCGCAGAGACAGAUACCUGUCAAAAAAGAACUUGAAGUACGCAGAUUUCAUCACCGAGAGAAUGACCCAGCAAAACAGACUUCUUAUGAAUGA